AUGGGCCAACAGCAGUCUAAGCCCGAUGGGCCUAAGUCCUCCAAAAAUGCUUCAUCGUCGAACCUGAGCGGCCCUUCGAACAAUCUACAGUCCUAUCCAUCAUUCAGCAAAUCGGAUACCAAAGAAUCUUCGAGGUCGUUGAGGGGUUCCAUAAGAUCGAAAAUACCAGGCAGCUCAAAACUGGACAAGCAGGAGAGUCCUCGAGAUACAGCCGGAGGUAUUGAUGGGCCCAAUUUCGACAGAACUGAUACUGGCUCGGUAAGGUCCACUACUAGAUCUGCGCGCCGUGGAUCCACUUCUUCCGCUCAAUCGCCAGUUACAACCACGACAGACGGCGACGACGAAAACCCAUCACCACGAUCCGGCUCUCCUGUAAGUGGAAGGCCACCAUCUCCAACCCAGUCCAAGACGAUAGGGCAGCGACACAAAGAUGUUAGCGGCGCUCAAAGGUCUGGAGAGGUGGGUGCUGUCUCCGAAGACGCCCCUGGCUCUAAUAUCCAUCCAUUUGCCCAUCACCAGAAGCCGGGAAAUUCUAUACUUGUCAAGAAUGAGAAUCAGAUCAAUCCUCGAGCUUCUGACACGAAGAGCUACCUGAAAGCAAAACUUGCAGAGUCAUUGCCCGGGACUUCGCCCGGGGGCAUGGGCAUGAACGCUCUAGAAGAUGUCGAUCUGGACGAUAUGAUCACGCGCUUACUAGACGCCGGUUAUUCCACCAAAGUCACCAAGGCGGUUUGUCUCAAAAAUGCGGAAAUUACUGCCAUCUGCACCAAAGCCAGGGAAGUGUUACUCUCACAGCCUGCGCUGAUCGAGCUGUCUCCGCCAGUCAAGAUCGUUGGAGAUAUUCACGGCCAGUAUAAUGAUUUGAUCCGGCUCUUUGAGAUGUGUGGUUUCCCUCCCAACUCGAAUUACUUGUUCCUGGGAGACUAUGUGGAUCGUGGUAAGCAAAGUCUGGAAACGAUUCUUCUUCUGCUGUGCUACAAACUCAAGUUUCCAGAAAACUUUUUCAUACUUCGUGGCAAUCAUGAGUGUGCUAAUGUCACGCGAGUAUAUGGAUUUUACGACGAAUGCAAAAGGAGAUGCAAUAUCAAGAUCUGGAAGACUUUUGUUGAUACAUUCAAUUGCUUGCCCAUUGCAGCAAUUGUAGCGGGAAAGAUUUUCUGCGUCCAUGGUGGUCUGUCUCCGAGUCUGCAGCAUAUGGACGACAUUCGACAGAUUGCACGACCCACGGAUGUGCCUGACUAUGGACUGCUUAACGACCUCCUUUGGAGCGACCCAGCUGACAUGGAUCAAGAUUGGGAAUCGAAUGAAAGGGGUGUCAGCUAUUGCUUUGGCAAGAAUGUCAUCAUCGACUUCCUUGCACGACAUGAUUUUGAUCUAGUUUGUCGAGCUCAUAUGGUGGUAGAAGAUGGAUACGAAUUCUUCAAUGAUCGGGUAUUGGUCACUGUUUUCUCUGCACCUAACUACUGCGGAGAAUUUGACAACUGGGGAGCGAUCAUGUCUGUAUCUGAUGGCCUGCUUUGCAGCUUUGAGCUUCUCAAACCUCUCGAUUCCAGUGCCUUGAAGAAUCACAUCAAGAAGGGGAGAAACAAACGCAACAGCAUGCUCAAUAGUCCUUUGUGGAGCAUUGAAGCAAAUGGCGAAGACAGAAAGCUCACAUACCUCUCCACCUUGGUCAGGCAUUCCCAAUCUAUCAAUGUUGUACGAUUCUGUCCGAAAGGUGAAAUGCUUGCCUCUGCCGGAGAUGAUGGCAACGUAAUCCUCUGGGUCCCUUCGGAUGUUCCUGUAACCACGCUGGGAGAAGAGCAUGUCGAGGACAAAGAGACGUGGAGGGUGAAACACAUGUGCAGAUCCUCGACUGGAGCCGAGAUAUACGACCUUGCCUGGUCACCAGAUGGAGUGUUCUUCAUUACCGGGGGUGUGGAUAAUACUGCAAGAAUAUUCAAUGCUCAAACCGGCCAAUUGGUGCGCCAAAUCUCUGAGCAUAGUCACUACGUUCAAGGGGUCGCCUGGGAUCCGCUCAACGAGUACAUCGCAACACAGUCGUCAGAUCGUUCCGUGCAUAUAUAUGGACUGAAACUCAAAGACGGAACCUGCACGCUUUCGAAUCAUGGGAAAUUUCAAAAGAUCGAUUUGCCUGGCCGGCGAAUCUCUUCACACAGUCCAGCUCCGUCUGAUAUAGGUCAUCGUCCUUCGACCCUGAGUGAGGCUCACCGCCAUUCGACGUCGGGCGAAGGUCAUCGCCCUUCAAAUGCAAGCGAGAAGCUUGCCAACACAUCUCCUGCACCUUCAAAUCCUGGGACACCUCUCGCUACUCCGCUCCCGAUGGAUCCCCCAACAAUCUCCCACAGUCGUCGAUCGUCGUUUGGUUCGUCGCCGUCUUUCCGACGAUCAGCAUCACCAGCACCUGGACCUUCACUUCCGCUUCCCGCAAUUCGCCCAGAGAUCUCCUCGCCUAGCUUGAACGCAGCUAUGGGAUUGGGGGUGAGGAAUACCAAUAUCUAUCACAGCGAGACCCUGACAUCGUUCUUUCGGCGUCUCACAUUUGCCCCCGACGGAAGUCUUCUCUUCACCCCUUCGGGCCAAUACAAAGCAUCUCAUCCAUCAACAGCAGACCCUUCCAAAACGGUCGACGAGGUCUCAAAUACUGUCUACAUAUAUACACGUGCGGGCUUCAACAAGCCACCUGUUGCUCACCUGCCGGGCCACAAGAAACCCUCUGUCGCGGUGAAAUGCUCACCGAUCUUCUACACUCUCCGUCAAAAUCCAAAGCCAACCACGCAAUUCAAUAUAGACACUUCUGCAGCUGAUUUGGACAUACCGCUUCUUCCUGACCCUGUAGUGCCAACCCAAUCAUCGUCCGUCAUGGAGCCUCCUGCAGCAGUCUCCUGCAGUGUCACAAGCGAGCCAUCUAGACCGCAAUCAUCACCAAAACCUUCUGAUUUGGAUGUUCCGGUCACAGGCCUCAGCCAAGCUUUUUCACUCCCGUAUCGGAUGGUGUAUGCUGUUGCAACUCAAGACGCAGUACUUGUGUAUGAUACCCAGCAGCAGACUCCUAUCUGUGUUGUCAGCAACCUUCACUUUACGACAUUCUCGGAUCUGAGCUGGUCUAAUGAUGGUCUGACACUAUUGAUGUCCUCGACGGACGGCUAUUGCUCAACGCUCGCAUUUACUCCUGGCGAGCUUGGUCAAGUCUACUUGGGGCCGCAUCCCACAAUGAGCCAUCCAACCAUCACCACCCUUGCCGCCGCUACAACCACUGUACCGACGCCUAUCAAUACCUCCUCGCCAUCCCUGACCAAGGCUUCUCCUGCCAUUGCUCCAUCACUUCCAUCCCCUGCUGCUCCAUUCUUCCCAUUAAGGCCAGGUAGUCCAGCACGAUCAAAUUCGCAGUCAUCUAUUGCCACCAUGUCUUCCGUUCAAACUCCAGCAGUAACGAACAACCCUACACCGACCAUGAGCCACGUACCUAUGGUUACUGCCGCGAAUUCGUCUGGGCCCGUCGGCCUACCGCAGCCAACUCCUCCACAGACUCCAAUGGCUGGUGGACACAGUGCAACCAGCUCCGUCAGUGGGAGUGUGCUGGGAAAGAGGGAUAUUGGUGGGGCCAGCGAAAGUGAGAAGGAAGACGGGCAACCCAAGAAGCGGAGGAUAGCUCCCACGUUAGUAAGUGGCGCUACUGUACCACCAGCAGCAGAGAAGGAACAGAAUAAAAGCUAG